AUGUCCGAUGGUUGGACAGAUGGGAAAAAGCGACAUCUUAUUAACUUUUUGGUGAAUUGUCCGAAAGGGUCAGUUUUCUUGAAGUCUGUAGAUGCGUCAAACAGAACCAAUGAUGCUGAUUUCAUACGUGAGCUUGUAAAGGAGGUAAUUGAAGAUGUCGGGAAAGAAAAUGUGGUUCAAUUCAUUACUGACAAUGGUUCAAAUUUUAAAAAGGCUGGGAAAGAUUUAAUGCUUGAAUACCCGAAUCUAUUUUGGACUCCUUGUGGUGCUCAUUGUGUCCAGUUGAUGCUAGAAGAACUUGGUGACAAGCUUAUGCGAAUCAAGACAGCCGUCAUUCUAGGUAAAAGACUUGUUACUUACAUUUAUGCUCAUUUUCAAGUAUUGUGCUUGAUGAGGGAGUUGACACGUGCAGACUUACAUAGGUCUACAAAGACUAGAUUUGCAACUCAGUAUUACACACUAAAAAGUCUUCAAAAGUAUAAAACUCCUUUACAAAUGGUGUUUGUGAAUGAUAGGUGGGCAAAAACUAGAUUUUCAAAAGAAACUCUUGGAAUUAAUGCACUUAAAAUUGUUACAAGUAGCACAUUUUGGGAAGAUGUUGAUUAUGCUUGUAGUGUGCUGAAGCCUUUAGUUAAGGUUGUAAGGUUGGUGGACAUCGAGCGCAAACCUACAAUGCCUUCUUUUUAUGAUGCAAUGAGGAUAGCAAGGAAUCAACUAGAGGAGAAAUUCAGUGAAGAUGAUGAUACGUGGGGUGUAAUUAAGGCUUGCUUUGAGAAAAGAUGGAAGAAUAACUUUAAUCAUGCUCUACAUCGUGCGGCAUACUAUUUGAAUCCUUCCAUAUUCUAUACUAUUGAAGCUUAUGAAAUGGAUAGUGAUCCAAAGUACAUAUAA